GAGUUUUGGGAUAUCUGAUAGCAUUUGAUUUGCAGAAGACCACAACAGAAGGAGGAUCAGGAGUCAGUCCAGGAGCAAAGAGGGGGUUCCUCCAUGAUGACCACGGAAGCGGCUAAAUCUGAGCCUCCAUUGCAAAAGAGCAACCAGAUGCCUAAAAGUACCGACGGAGACGGGAGAUGGAACAAAAUCCCCAAUGGUGACCAGACACCAAAGGACAUUCCCAACCAGUUUAAUGAAUCUUCGAAGACUAGUAUGGAGACCGCAGAGUCUUCAAUGCCAAGGAGCAUCAAGAAAAACAACAAUAGGUGGAAAUGGAAGACGCAGCCAGACAAUGGCCACACACCAAAAGGAAAGGGAAAACUAAAAAGGUGGAGGCCCAGUUCAGCAAACACCACCAAGGACUCACCAAUAACAAAGAAGAGAAAACUGAACCCAAAAGAUGAGGCUAAUACCUCUGCCGGGAAAAGAACCGAGUCCACGGCUAAACCUACAGAGCCCAGUGUAAACACGAACCACGAAGGCGUCCCUGCACAAAGUAAAACUCCAAAGAGCAAAAGGACACGGAACACUUACGCAGCCUGGAAAAGGAGUAAUAAAUCAUUGGGUAAAUUGAAGGCGAGCGCCAGCGAGAGCAGAGCCAAACCUACGACCAAAAUACAGACCCCUUUUGGAAGUACAAACCCCAGUGGUGCGGACACUGACAAAGCAGAAAAAAAGAAAGAUGGGAACAAUGCCAAAAAUAAGAAAGAUAAGACCUGACGGUGCCCAAAA